AUGCAGUUAGGUCUACCUGUUGAUGGUCAGCCUGUUAGUGGUACGUUGAGGUCACGGAGUAAGUUUCACCAAAGAGAUAUUUGGGAAUGGUGUCAUGAACUUCUAGGUAAGGUUCCUGCCGGCCGCGUGGGGACAACCAAGUACAACAUCAAGUUGAAGUGGCUCAGAACCCGUCUUCAGCAGAUGCCGCUUGACUUAGAUGAUAAUAGCCUCAUGCAGUAUGCACAUUGUUACAUACUUUACAUGUUGGGAGGCGUGCUUCUUCUGGACAAGGCCAACAACACAGUCCAUGUUCGAUAUUUGCCUUUAUUAGCUGACUAUGAUGCCAUCGAUACCUACAGUUGGGGUAGUGCGGUCCUCUGUUGGUUAUAUCGUGCUAUGUGCCCAGCAAUAGAUUACAAUGUGGAGGGUAUGGGAGGGUGUCAUACGUUGCUCAUGUCGUGGAUAUACUACAGAUUACCGUUCUGGGCCCCGGAUAUCACGACACCGUAUAGUUUUUCUUUAGCCACGAGGUAUGUUAUUGGUCUCCACACGUUGUGA